GGGGGAGAGUGCUCUUUUUGAUCAGUUGUUUACCCUGUUGGGUUCAAACAUAGAACAUGAUGAUAGUUUCCGAAGGGAAUUGGCAUCUUGCACUGGAGCCAUUGAAACAUCACUUAAUCAGCACAUGUCCAAGGAAGAAGAGCAGGUCUUCCCUUUGCUUAUAGAGAAGUUUUCAUUUGAAGAACAGGCUGAUUUGGCAUGGCAAUUUCUUUGUAGCAUACCUGUCAAUAUGAUGGUGGAGUUCCUUCCUUGGCUUUCAUCUUGCAUUUCAGCUGAUGAACGUCAGGAUAUGAUCAAGUGUUUGUGCAAGAUAGUUCCUGAAGAAAAGCUUCUUCAACAAGUCAUAUUUACCUGGAUGGAGGGGAAAAGUGUCCCAGAAGUUGGCCAGAAGUGUAACUGCAUUGAGGCUUCUCAGUUACAAGAUCUUCCCAGUUCUGGUCCUGGCCAGUGUGUCACCCAGUCCGAUAGGCAGGUUUGUUCAGAACAUUCAAAAAUUGGGAAGAGAAAGCAUACAGAGUCAGGUUGCUGUAAUGUUGACUUUCCUGAAGCAUAUCCUAUAAAUGAAAUAUUGUACUGGCACAGUGCUAUAAAAAACGAACUGAAUGAUAUUGCAAAGGAGGCAAGAAAGAUUCAGCUCUCUGGUGAUUUUUCUGAUUUGUCAGCAUUCAAUGCACGACUACAGUUUAUUGCCGAUGUAUGCAUCUUCCAUAGUAUUGCAGAGGAUCAGGUAAUAUUCCCAGCAGUAGAUGCGGAGGUGUCUUUUGUGCAGGAACAUGCUGAAGAAGAGAGACAAUUCAAUAAAUUCAGGUGUUUAAUUGAAGAAAUGCAAGCUGCAGGGGCCAAUUCAACAUCUGCUGAUUUCUAUUCAAAGUUGUGCUUGCAUGCUGACCAGAUAAUGGACACCAUCCUGAAGCAUUUUCACAAUGAAGAAGCUGAGGUUCUUCCUCUUGCCAGGAAGCAUUUCUCGCAGAAGAACCAGCGGGAACUCUUGUAUAGGAGUAUAUGUGUGAUGCCAUUGAGAUUGCUAGAGCGUGUUUUGCCAUGGUUGGUUGCAAAGCUAAGUGAUGAAGAGGCACAAUGUUUUCUUAAGAAUUUGCAUAUGGCAGCACCACUAUCUGACAGGGCAUUAGUUACUCUUUUGUCUGGUUGGGCAUGCAAGGGACGCGCUCAAGAUAUUUCUUGCUCUGAGAAGUUUAUAUGCUUGUCCUCAAAGGCAAUUGGUUGCUGCCCAGUAAAAGAAGAAACUGAGAUAGAAGAAGAUUUCAAAAGAGGGUUCUGUGCAUGUGCUGCUUCUAUGAACACCCAAGGUGAAUCGUUACUUGUCGGAGCAGCUAAUGGGAAAAGGCCUAUUAAACGGGGCCAUUUAUCAGUAUCGUGCGGAAAUGAUGAUGCAUGUCACCAUUCAGAAGCUGCAGAGGUUGAGAAUUUGCCAUAUCCUAAAUCCUGCUGCGUUCCUGGGUUAGGAGUUGGCAGUAGUAAUUUAGGAAUCAGCCGACUUGCAUCUGCAAAGCCUUUACGUUCAUUGUCCUAUAAUUCUUCUGCUCCUUCCUUUAGUUCCAGUCUCUUUUUCUGGGAGACUGACAUGAUGUCAUCUAAUGCGGGGAAUACAGUGAGGCCUAUUGACAACAUUUUUAAAUUUCAUAAGGCAAUUCGUAAAGAUCUGGAGUAUCUAGAUGUUGAAUCCGGAAGACUUAUAGACUGUGAUGAAUCUUUUCUCCGGCAAUUCAGUGGGAGAUUCCGUUUAUUAUGGGGUUUGUAUAGAGCUCAUAGUAAUGCAGAAGAUGACAUUGUUUUUCCUGCUUUAGAAUCUAGAGAGACACUGCACAAUGUGAGCCAUUCAUAUACCUUGGACCAUAAGCAGGAAGAGAAGCUGUUCAAUGAUAUAUCUGAAGUUCUUUCAGAACUUUCCGAGUUGCAUGAUGGUCUGGUGAAGACUGAUGCUGCUGGAACCAGUGUCAGAUCAUCAGCUCAUCAUACAAGUUGGAUGAAGAAACACAAUGAACUUGCUACAAAACUUCAAGGCAUGUGCAAGUCUAUACGAGUUACAUUGGAUCAUCAUGUUUUCAGGGAAGAACUUGAGUUGUGGCCACUAUUUGACAAGCACUUCUCCGUGGAAGAGCAGGAUAAGAUUGUUGGGCGAAUAAUUGGGACUACAGGAGCAGAGGUCCUCCAAUCAAUGUUGCCGUGGGUAACUUCUGCACUUACUCUGGAGGAGCAGAACAAAAUGAUGGAUACAUGGAAGCAGGCAACGAAAAAUACUAUGUUCAGUGAGUGGCUAAAUGAAUGGUGGAAGGAUAUUCCCUCAUCUCCACAGGAUUCAGAAGAGAGCUCGAUUCUUCCAACAGAAAUGGAUGUCCAAGAAAGUCUUGAGCAAAGUGAGAUGUUCAAGCCUGGAUGGAAAGAUAUAUUUCGCAUGAAUCAAAAUGAGCUUGAGUCUGAGAUAAGAAAUGUUUCUCGGGAUCCGACACUUGACCCUCGGAGGAAGGCGUACCUUAUUCAAAAUCUCAUGACAAGUCGUUGGAUCGCUGCUCAGCAGAAGUUACCUCAAGCUAGUAAAGAGGAAGGUACUGAUGGUGGUGUACCAGGAUGUUCUCCAUCAUUCCGGGAUCCGGAAAAGCAAGUGUUUGGCUGCGAGCAUUACAAAAGGAACUGUAAACUCCUUGCUGCAUGUUGUAACAGAUUGUUUACAUGCAGAUUUUGCCAUGAUAAAGUCAGUGAUCAUUCAAUGGACAGGAAAGCUACGAAUGAGAUGAUGUGCAUGCGAUGUCUAACGCUUCAGCCAAUAGGGUCUAGUUGCAAGUCGCCUUCUUGCAGUGAAUUCAUUAUGGCGAAAUACUAUUGUAGUAUCUGCAAAUUUUUUGACGACGAAAGGAGUGUCUACCAUUGUCCAUUUUGCAAUUUAUGUCGUGUUGGAAAAGGACUUGGUAUCGACUUCUUCCAUUGUAUGAAGUGUAACUGUUGCCUGGGCAUGAAAUUAGUGGAACAUAAAUGUCGGGAGAAAGGGCUGGAAUCAAACUGUCCCAUUUGUUGUGAUUUUUUAUUCACAUCAAGUGAAGCUGUUAGAGCCCUACCUUGUGGCCAUUUCAUGCACUCAGCAUGCUUCCAGGCAUACACUUGCAGUCACUACACCUGCCCAAUAUGCAGCAAAUCGUUGGGGGAUAUGGCUGUGUACUUUGGUAUGCUGGAUGCCUUGUUGGCCACUGAACAGCUUCCUGAAGAGUACAGGGAUAGAUGUCAGAUUGAGAAACCUGCAUCAUAUGACAUCACCUAAUGGCUUUUCAUUGGUCAUCCAGGAUAUUCUAUGCAAUGACUGUGACCAAAGGGGAACA